CAACCCGUAUUAUAUUCCUCUGCGGCUAUGCAUCAUCGAUCAGGCCUCAGCUAGCUACAGUUGGCUAGGUAGCUGCUCGAUCAUCUGCAGCUCCCGGCCGCCUUUUCCCUUGCCGUUGCCCCCUGGCUUAGGAGGCCUCGAAAAGACACCUCACCAUCUCCUUUGUGUCCUUGCUAACGAACUCCUCAUUAAUUCCUUCUUCCUCUCCUCCGUCUCUCGUUGCUUAAUUAGCUAGAUAGCUCUAUCUAGUCAUUAUCCUCGCCAUACAUACCCAACGCCGCACACGCAAACGCAAACGCUCGAGAGCACCAACCGCGCCAAGAAAGCUAUAGCAACCUCUAUUAGGUGUGCGCCCAAGAAGAAAGGGAGAUCGAUCAAUCGAUAUAUGCAGGGUGGUGAUCAAGGAGGAGGGAGUCUGGACAUGGACAUGGGUGUGGGGUUCACCGGUGGCGCCGAGUGCUCGUCGUCUUCGGCGACGGCGGCCGCUGCCGCAGCGGAGGCGGAGGAGCGGCAGCUGCUCAAGGGGGAGAUCGCGGUGCACCCGAUGUGCGAGCAGCUGGUGGCGGCGCACGUGGGGUGCCUGCGCGUGGCGACGCCCAUCGACCACCUCCCCCUCAUCGACGCGCAGCUGGCGCAGUCGAGGAGCCUCCUCCACUCCUACGCCGCCCACCACAGCCCCUUCCUCUCCCCGCACGACAAGCACGACCUCGAGUCCUUCCUCGCGCAGUACCUGAUGCUGCUGUGCUCGUUCCGCGAGCAGCUGCAGCAGCACGUCCGGGUGCACGCCGUGGAGGCCGUCAUGGCGUGCCGCGAGAUCGAGCAGUCCCUGCAGGACCUAACCGGCGCGACCCUGGAGGAAGGGACGGGGGCGACCAUGUCGGAGGACGAAGAGGAGCAGCUGAUAAUGGAGGGGGCGAUGGAUAUGGGCUCGGACGGGCACGACAUGAUGGGCUUCGGCCCGCUCCUCCCCACCGACUCUGAGCGCUCACUCAUGGAGAGGGUCAGGAAGGAGCUCAAGAUCGAGCUCAAACAGGGUUUCAAGUCACGAAUUGAGGAUGUGAGGGAAGAAAUUAUGAGGAAAAGGAGGGCCGGGAAGCUGCCUGGGGACACCACCAGCAUCCUCAAGCAAUGGUGGCAGCAACACUCCAAGUGGCCAUACCCCACGGAAGACGAUAAGGCAAACCUUGUUGAAGAGACUGGCCUGCAACUGAAACAAAUCAACAACUGGUUCAUCAAUCAGAGGAAGAGAAAUUGGCACAACAACUCUCAGACGUCAACCCUGAAAUCAAAGCGUAAAAGGUGAGGGAGCUGCAAAAUAUACACCUGACACGUAUACCAACUCGCUAAUCAAACGAAGCUCGACCAUGGCGACUCACAAGAAUAAGAGGAUCGAUCGAUUCAAUUGUAUAUCUAUUCGUUAGUCAGAGGUGACAAGUUAAUGACAUAUAUACAUACUAGUCUGACCACUGCCAUAUUUGUUUGUUGUGAUUUUUGAGCUGAUAUGCUCAAAGCAUAUUAUUCUUGCUAUUGGUGUAGUCUUAGUUUGUCUUUGAGUGUACGUACAUAAUCUGAGGAUUAAUUCAUUUCCUGCGCACAUAUAUAGUGAUCA